UAUAAGAAAAUAUGUCGCUAUAUAUCUCCGAAGAACAGCAAGUAACGUAUUGGGUUUGAUUAAAAAACAAAUAUUGUUCAACUCGGAACCUUUGUGAGGGACGUUCUGGAGGUGGUACUGCAGCUACGGCAUAUUUGAUCGACGGACUGUACACAAAGCAACUCUCUGGAUGCUGAUAGGAAGACUUGGUGCAGCGGGAAGCUCCUGUUUCGCCGCAGCAUCUCUGCGUCCGUUUUCCAGCUCCAGCGCAAUGGCAAAAAGCAAGUUUGAGUACGUCCGCAGUUUUGAAACGGACGACACCUGCCUCAGGAACUGCUACAUUGUCGUACGACUGGAUGGCCGCAACUUCCACAAGUUUGCAGAGCAGCACCAGUUCUCCAAGCCCAACGAUGACAGGGCUCUGGGGCUGAUGAGCAAGAGCGCCCGCUCUGUCAUGGAGGGGCUGGAGGAUAUUACCAUCGCCUAUGGUCAAAGUGAUGAGUUCAGCUUCGUUUUUAAAAGAACCACCACCUGGUUCAAAAGACGAGCCAGUAAACUCUUGACUCAUGUGGCCUCCCAGUUUUCCUCUUCGUAUGUGUUCUACUGGAAGGAGUUCUUCGGAGAACAGCCCCUCUUGUACCCACCUGGCUUUGACGGGCGGGUGGUUUUGUAUCCCACCGGCCGUAACCUCAGGGACUACCUCAGCUGGAGGCAAGCAGACUGUCAUAUAAAUAACUUGUAUAACACCGUAUUUUGGACAUUGAUUCAAAAAGGAGGACUCACUACAACACAGGCCGAAGAUCGACUAAAGGGAACAUUAGCUUCAGAUAAAAACGAGAUUUUGUUCUCAGAAUUCGACAUCAACUAUAACAACGAAUCGGCCCUCCACCGGAAAGGCACCACCCUCAUUUGGGAAAAGCGGGACGAGACAGUUAGCAAGCGCAUAAAGCGACCAAAUGAGGAGGAGAAGCAGGUUCCUGUCACACGGAGCAGGAGGAAGGUGGAGGCCUACCACUGUGACAUGAUCGGGGACCAGUUCUGGGAGGAACACCCAGACGUUCUCCAGGACGACACCUGACAACAGCAACUCUCCUUGGAAAAACGACUCUGAGCUGCAUAUUUAAAGCUGGCUCUCACAGACAGAGACUAAAGAAUCACAGUACAGUUAUUCUCCCAACAGCUGAUUUGUGUUUCUACUUUUAAUCUAUUAAAUCACGUACAUAACGAUCUGUCAAAAAAGUCCAA